AUGAAAAAAGACAAGAAGCCAUGCGUGAUUGAGCCCGCCAAGAAGCUUUUAAUCCUUUCACCAACUCCAAAUACACCGGGAGUGGCACAACUUAUCUCAUUCUUCAUGAACAUCAAACAGAAUGCAGUGAAAUACACAGAUAAGGAUGGAGUAUACCAGCCAACAACAUCAAACUCCUCAGUUUCUAAUGGAAAGCUGGAGGGCCUUCUAAAAAGAAUGGACUGUUCAUUAUUCGCAUAUAUUUACACAAACAAGACAAACCAGCCGCGGUUGAUUAUAGGAAGAACCCACGAAUUCCAGAUAGUAGAGCUGGCGCAGUACAAAGUUGCCCACUCUCUUACUGACCUAAGCCUAUUGACAAACAGCCUGCACAUUCUGCUUGUGCAUAGGAACGGUUACAUUGACCCGCUUAAGCUAAAUUUGCUUAUGGACUUUCUACGAGACUCCCCGCCAAGUUCUGUUGGGCUGGGCAUAAUUAAGUAUGCAAUAGGAAUAGACCUGUUAGAGAAUACAAUCGGUUUAAACUUGUUUGAGAUAGAGGCAUCGCCAUUUAAACUUGUGCCGGUUGCAUCGCCAAUCACACUAGAAAUAGUUGAAGAGCACAGAAUGAACUUUAUGCAGCAGAAAGAAACAAGCAAACAGGUCAGGCAGACAGAAAAGAAGAUAAAAAACGUGGAAAAGGGCAUUUUAAACAGCACGCUUGGAGUUCUUCAUCUGGAAAAGCAAGAUCUACGAGAAAUACAGCUAAGCAAGGGGCGAGCCUUUAAAAAGAUAGGAAAGAAGUAAUUUUGUACUUUGUGUUAUAAAGCAUCGCGCAUACACG